ACUGGUUAGGCUGCGGUUUGACUUGAUGAUCUUCAAGGUCUUUUCCAACCUGGGUAAUUCUAUGAUUCUGUGAUUCAUUUCAGCAGGCUCCUACGGGCUCUGAAGCAGAACCCAUGUUCAGUGGUCUGUGGUUGCUAGCUUGAUCAUUUGUUUCUAGGUUGUUCUGCCAGGAUAAAUCAGUGAACAGUAUCUUUUACUCUGCUACUACGUCUCUUUGCAGCCCCCCAAGGUCUGCUUUAUUUGUAGUUUUUCAAGCAAUGCUUGACUAAAGGACAUGGGUGACACUGUCAUGAUUCCUUGGUGUAAGCAUCCCUAGUGUUGUAGAGUUAAGGUAGUAUUGUCAGGUUGUGGUUGGGCGUGAUGAUCUUUAAGGUCUUUUCCAACCUGAGCAAUUCUGUGAUUCUCUGAAGAUGCUGAAAAGAAUAUUCCAUCUAAAAACUGUGAGUUUGGAUCAAAAGUAAUCUGCACUCAAGUCUGCUGAUGUCAUCCAUUUUUAGCCAGACUCCCUUAAGGGCUUUCCUGUGAGGUUCAGUUUAUUGUAUUGUUUUUCCCCGGUUGGUGCUGUCUAGUGCAGCAGGAACUGAAGCCAUUGGAAGUUUGAUCAUUGACUUUCAUGAAGGGAGCCUCAGGAUCUGAGUGUUUGAGCUGGGGAGGGUACUUAGCAGUACUCAAGCAAUGAUCUGACCGAGUCAACGGGAGUUUUGCCACCUUCUGAAUAUGCAGGACGGCACUCUGCCUUUACACUGCCCACCCUCGUGUUACAGGGUGACAGCAAAACAAAUUGAAACCAAUGUGUUGUGCUCCCUUCAACCUGCUUGGAAAGAAAAUGCUAUUCAGAAUUAGAACUUUGGGGGAAAAAUCAGCUCUUAAAUAUUGAAAAACCCUCUAAAAAACAGAGAAUCUGAAACACAGUUAUUCCAGAGGUUCAACACUCUGUGAAAGAUAUGAAAUACGACAGCUCCCAGCGGUACUCCUGCUCCACCACGGGCAGCCAGGGGCGGGCUCUGGGCUGGGCAGCCAGGCUCUCCUAGAGCCGAGGGUUGCUCUCGCCCUGCGAGAAGAAAGGUACAGCUAUAACAGCUAUUAAGGGGCGAUCUUUACAGCUGUUCGGCUGGAGGAAGUUUCUUGGCUGUAAACUGUCAUGCACCGCAGCUCGCGGUAAAAAGGCUGUGGGAGCGGGGAGUUUUCUGUCCUGAGAGCAACCAGAGUGCAAUUAAGAGCAGAAAGGAGGAGAAGGAAAUAAAAUAACAGCAUCGGGAAUGCAAACUUUUUUUCCCCCUCCUUUCUCCACCCCCUCUGGAAACAAUAUGUAUAACUUCGGAAAACUUGUUCACGGUCAUUUCGAGUUCUAAAGCUAACCAGGCUGCCUUUGGGUCUGCAACCUCAUCUGAGCGCACGCUCUGUCGGGGUUAAGCGGCACGGCCGCUUGCUGCGUUUUAAGUGAAUUGGGGGAAUGUCUCCAACUGAAGGCGGCUCCGCUCCCGGGGGCUGAGCGGAGCGCUCGGUGCACGGUAGGAAUCACGCAGGGCGGCUGCCGCGGAAGCAUCGGUCUCGGAGCGCACCGCCUGCGUUACGGAUAGACCAGCCCGGAGCACUAGUUUGGACGAGCUGCCGUCGCGUUUCUAAGGGCAGCUCCUCCAAAUAUACGUGCAGACGGACUUUGCUCCCUCUUUAUUUUCGGGACCGUUACUUUCCCACCACUUUGGCCCUGCCGCUUCUGAUGCCGGUGCGUUCAGCCCCUGUCGGCCCUGCGGCGCUCGUUGCCGGGCAGGGCGGCCCCCGCAGAGUCGGGACGGGGAGCGGGUAGCGGGGCUACGGCAUCGUCCCGGGACGUCCCUCGGCGACGGCAGAGCGGGUGAGCGUGUUUGUGAACAGAGCCUUGGUUUUGCCCCUCGCCGUUCCCCCCCCCCUCCCCUUCUUCGCUCCCGUUUAAGUCACUUCUUGUUGUUCAAGGAGCUCCCACUGAACGAUUUCCUGCUCGUUGUCACCUCUCGCCCUCUGCCCAGAGAUGCUCGCACAGGGCAAUAAACUGCAUCCCUCCCUCGCACCGCCGCAGCCCCGAGGAUGCUCAUCCCGGGAGCAUCCUCGGCCCCUCCCCGCUCCGAGCUCCGCCCGCACGGGGCCGGGCGCUACGGCCGGACGCCGGCAGCGGGAGCGAGUCGCAGCCGGGGCCGCGAUGGGCCAUUUCCUCCUCGGCGCGGCGACCGGGCCCGGCUCUUUGAUGGAGGUGCCAACAUGUGGGGAUUUGCAUCAAACAGCCGCACUACGUCCCGCGGGCGGCAAUUCGCGGCGCGCCCCCCCGCGGUCCGCGCUCUGAUAUGGCCGCGGGGAGCCAAUCGGCGACCCGGGAGGGCACAUCAAAGCGGAGCUCCGCCAAUCGGUGGCGGCUCCCCGCGGGCGCGGUGAUGUCACGGGGGGGCGUUUAUGGCGGGGUAUAACGGCGGCAGCGGCCGGAGGCAGCGGGCGAGGGGCCGCCGAGCUCGGGCGGACGCAGCCGGGCCCCGCCGGCGGCGCUCGGGGAAGGGGGGGGGGAUUUGGGGGCGGCCAUGGGCUCCCCGGAGGAUGCGGGCAAGGCUCCGGCGUACCGAGUGGACCACCUGCUGAGCGCGGUGGAGAGCGAGCUGCAGGCGGGCAGCGAGAAGGGAGACCCGACGGAACGCGAGCUCCGCGUGGUGCUGGAGGACGGCGAGCUGUGGCUGCGCUUCAAGGAGCUCACCAACGAGAUGAUCGUCACCAAGAACGGCAGGAGGAUGUUCCCGGUGCUGAAGGUGAGCGUGUCGGGGCUGGACCCCAACGCCAUGUACUCCUUCCUGCUGGACUUCGUGGCGGCCGAUGGGCACCGCUGGAAGUACGUCAAUGGCGAGUGGGUGCCGGGCGGCAAGCCGGAGCCGCAGGCGCCCAGCUGCGUCUACAUUCAUCCCGACUCACCCAACUUUGGUGCCCACUGGAUGAAGGCGCCCGUCUCCUUCAGCAAGGUCAAGCUCACCAACAAGCUCAAUGGCGGCGGGCAGAUCAUGCUCAACUCCCUGCACAAGUAUGAGCCCCGCAUCCACAUCGUGCGGGUGGGUGGCCCGCAGCGGAUGAUCACCAGCCAUUCCUUCCCUGAGACUCAGUUCAUAGCUGUGACGGCAUACCAGAAUGAGGAGAUCACAGCUUUAAAAAUUAAAUACAAUCCAUUUGCGAAGGCAUUUCUUGAUGCAAAGGAAAGAAAUGAUCACAAGGACAUGAUGGAGGAAGCGGGAGACAGCCAGCAGUCUGGAUACUCGCAGUUAGGUAGUUGGCUUAUUCCUGGGACUGGGACUCUGUGCCCACCUGCCAAUCCUCAUCCUCAGUUUGGAGCCCCCCUGUCUCUCUCCCCUGCUCACAGCUGUGAAAGGUACUCACCGCUGAGGAAUCACCGUUCUGCCCCCUACCCCAGCCCCUACACCCAUAGAAACAACUCACCAACAGCUUACACUGAUAACUCCUCUGCCUGCCUUCCCAUGCUCCAGUCCCAUGACAACUGGUCCUCUCUGGGAGUUCCCACACACACGACUAUGCUGCCUAUGAGCCACAGCACUGGCACAGCUACCAGCUCCAGUCAGUACCCAAACUUAUGGUCUGUGAGCAACAACACCAUCACCCCAGCAUCUCAGUCAAGCGGGAUGUCCAAUGGCCUGAGCUCCCAGUUCCUGCGUGGCUCUCCAGUGCACUACACUGCUCUCCCACAUCCUGUCACUGCCACCACCUCCACGUCCCCUCUGUAUGAUGGAGGAGCACCUGCAGACCUUCCUGACAGCCAGUACGACGCCUCCGCACACACUCGGCUGGCAUCCAUGUGGACACCCAUCACCCCACCUUCCAUGUAAACUCAGACCUCUACUUUAGGACAGACUUUUUUAGCUACUGAAUUACUUUAAACGCUUAAUCCUCAAGGAAGAGAAAAAGGAGACAUGAAGGAAACUGUAGAUAAAGCAUCUGCACCGCUUUGCGUAGAGCAUCCAAGUUAUGUCUCUGAUAGUGAACAGACCAUCGUUAACUUCAUGCAGAGUUUACAGAUCUGGUGAGCGUGCAAUUCUGAGAGCAGAUUUACUGCUUUUCAUCUUUUUUGUUUUCUAGCUUGAUAGGCCUAAUUUUUAAGAUUUUGACUUGGAUUCCAAAUUUCUCAGUGUUCUGAAACCUGAAGUUUGGCAUCUGGACAUUUUUCUCGAGUAAGUGACUCCUUACUGUUUUUUAUUAAUGGCAAACCUAGGAAUAGCCAUAUUAGACUGUUCUUAACCACCUAGGUAGAAGCAUUUGGAAUUCUGCACAAGUGUAGCUGAGGAUGGAAGUUAUUGGCAAAUCAUGUGCACUAAAGCGUAUUUGUCUCACAGAUACGUUGUGUUCUUAACUGUAUGCUUGUUUCCUUGCUGCUGAAUUAAUGUUGAGACAAUCUGCAAGAACUGUUUUCCUCCUAAUAAAUUACAGUAUUAUUGUUUGAUCUAAAUUGUUUUGCCCCAAAGAUUCCUUUUCGAGGUAAGUUUUGCUGUUUGAUCAUAUUCAGACACCUGUCUGCUUUGCUAAACAUCUUUAUUUCAAACUGUCGGUGUCUAAUGGGAAAUCCUAUCUAAAACGAUUUCAACUCAUUGAAAAGCAUCACGGUCUUUUAUGAUCUCUUGCUCAGGCCUUAAAGGGAGGGAAUUCAAUACCUGGAGAAUCAUUCUAAUAUAUGGGGUUUUUUUUCAGUGUUAUACUCUGUUGAAUUGUAUUUAUUAUUUCUGAAGUUGCAUUUUUGUUGUCUACACAUUAAGAUAUGUAAAUAAUCUGUCAAUCUGCAGUGUAUUUCUUUAGACAGUGAUGUGUAGGAUUUGUCACCCGAUGGCACAUUGAACAACAUGGGUGUCAGUAGUUAAAUUAUUGUGAGGGAGAAAACUUCAGUCCCCGAUAGCUGGAGGAAAAGUGCAGAUAUACUAAGCUUUAAAAUACAUUGCUUGACUUGCCGGGAAGGCCAGGUCUUGAUAAAACACUGAGUACAAUGACUUAAAUUUCUAAUGCAGGUUCAAAGGGUGCCCUCAGACUUGUCUGUUUCUCCUUCUACCUGGCAAGCUCAUAUCUUGGGGAAAAUGGUUUGUCUUACAUAAGCCAUAGUGGAUAACUUUUAAAACAAAGUGCCUAAUGUACUGAAGCAAAAAUUAUAAAUCAGGGAAUUCCUUAAGUAACUCUUCAUUGUGUGCGCAUGAACUGUGGUGGCAGCUUUGAGCAGAAGAAGCAAAUAUUUGCUACCACGUCAGUCUCCUUGGAACCUUACGGGCAGGUCCCUGCACCCAGAAGGAUUGUGCCGGGGUUUUUACCCUGCAGAAGGAUUUGUGUGCAACUGCAGGAUGCAGUCUCUCAGAGGUGCUCCAUCGAGAGACUGCACCAGCAGCAGAUAGCUGUGCAACCCUGUUCUGUGUCAAUAGUGUAAAUAUCGACCUAAGCUCUCCUAUUUUAUUGUGAAAGGAAAUUGUGUAAA